AUGUCUUUACUCAAUUGUAUUCGUGGGAACUUCAAAGCUCGUGCUGAGCGUAAACGCCAAGCUAUUGACGACUUUAACAAACAUGAGGACGAAGAGACUUCUUCUGAAAGUUUUGCCAAACAGAACCCUGUUCUGCUUGAUGAAGCUACUUCCUCUGGGGAGCGCACAUCCGAGGAAAAUUUUACGUGUACCACCCGAAAAUCAACCCAUCGUACUUCCAACUUUGCCUUUCGAGCCACAGAAGAAAGCCCUACAUCUACCUCUACAUCUACCUCGACCACUACCACUACCAAUCGUCGAACUAUCAGCAGUCGGUCAUCACAGGCCACAACGCUUCGUGGCCCUGCUCUACAUAAUGACUUGAAUGAAGAUCUUGAUAGCGAAGAUGUCGGUGGUAAUGAUUCAUCCACCGCACCACCAUCCCCAGUCUCUAGAAAUCAUGAUCGUUCCAGCAUGUCUUCUCAUCCCUCCAUCACACUUCAAAGUUCUCAUCAGGCCAACGGCCUCCACCGUCAAUGGUUGAAUAACCGUCGACGAAUUAAUCACCGCUUGCUUCCAGAAAACAAUAACUAUCUAUCAGUGGAGCACCAUCAAGACUUCGGUGCACCUCUAGAGAGAGUUAACGCAAGACAACCCCAUCCAAGUUUGAGCACCGGAGUGCAAGAUCAGGUUGGAAACCAAAUGGAUCGAGGUCCUGAACAUCCUUAUUUUGACUUUAAGACAGAGAAUCCAGAUCUCGAAGAUGCUUGGGCCAACAGUGAUCGCGCACAAACAGAUUAUUUGGAGCUACUCUUUGGGUCACCUCAAGCCCCACUAUAA